CAACAACAGCUUCAGCAACAGCUGCAGCAGCAAGAGCUGUUGCUGCAGCAGGGUAAACAGCCGGGGCGGCAGCAAUAUCAGCUGAGGUGGCAGCAACAGCAGCAAGACGAGCGACAGCAGCAGCAGCAGCAGCAGCAAGAGCUUCACAAGGCCCCUGCGGAGAUGGGGGCCGGCGUGUCGUCUCCCAAGGACGUUCAGUAUUCUGUCGUCGUGCCCAAUGCAGAAACCUGGGCUGAUCGCACAGUGCCACGGCGUCACUAUUCUGCUUUGAAUCGCCUCGCCGACAACUUUUCAGCCCAUCCUGUUAAAAAUGCGUGGGAGUUAUUUCAAAUGGGCGUGAACACGUCAGCUGAAGACCCCUGUCUUGGCACUAGAGUUGUAACGCCUGACGGUAACAAGGGAGAGUACGUGUGGAAGACGUACAGAGAGGUGGAGCGCCUGGCGCUAGAGGUAGGAAGCGGCCUUUUGAAUGGAGACUUUGUCCCUUCACGGCGUUUUGAAGAACCCGGCGAGCAACCGUUGUCGCUGAGGUGUAUAGGCAUCUUUGCGAGAAACCGAGAGGAAUGGGUCAUCACAGAGCAUGCAGCGAACGCGUACGGCUUGACGGUGGUGCCACUGUACGACACCCUGGGGGCCCACAGCACGCGCUUCAUUUUGGGGGAGACCCAGAUGAAGACAGUUGUUUGCGACGCGGACUGUCUAGUGAAGCUGCUUGCUGCAUUACAGCAGGACAAGCAGCAUAGGACGGUGAACCAGCAGCCGCAGCAGCCGCACGGGGAGGAGGCUCAGCAGCAGCAGCAGCACGGAGGGAUGCACGUGGAGCAGCACCGCGAUAUUUUUUUAGAGUGUGUCAUCACUUUAGACCGAGUGACAGAUGAACAGAGACAAACGGCAGAAGAGUUGGGCCUCCGUCUCAUGUGCUGGGAAGAGCUCCUUGAGCUUGGGAGAGCCAACAUGGUGCCUCUUUCCGAAGAAGUUCAGCCAACGCUGGACUCUCUCCACACCAUUUGCUACACCUCAGGCAAGUGGAUCCCUCCGCUAGCUGGGAACAACUGGCAGCCCGAAGGGUGUGAUGAUGUCCCACGGGAAUUUCGUGGCGGCUAUCGCGGCAGCUGUGGAGGGUCGUGA